AUGGAUGAAGACCGAGAUGCAAACAUCGAGCAGUGGAAAAUUAAGAGGCUCAUAAAGAAGCUGGAGAAUGCCAAGGGGAACGGAACGAGCAUGAUCAGCCUGAUCAUCAAGAACAAGGAUGAAGUUUCUCGAAUAAAUAAAAUGCUUGCGGAUGAAUUGGGCACAGCCUCCAACAUAAAGAGUCGCGUGAACCGGCUCAGUGUGUUGUCUGCCAUUACGUCCACUCAGCAGAAGCUGAAGCUGUAUAGCAAGACGCCACCGAAAGGGCUAGUCGUAUUCUGCGGCACAGUCAUAACGGAAGACGGGAAGGAGAAGAAAAUGUCAAUCGAUUUUGAACCCUUCAGGCCAAUAAACACAAGUCUCUACUUAUGUGACAAUAAGUUCCAUGUGGAAGCUUUGAAGGAGUUGCUUGAAAGUGAUGACAAGUUUGGCUUCAUCAUAGUGGAUGGAAAUGGAGCCCUCUUCGGUACCAUCCAAGGGAACACAAGAGAAGUCAUAAGAAGAUUCACUGUGGACCUUCCCAAAAAACACGGAAGAGGAGGUCAAAGUGCGUUACGUUUUGCCAGACUUAGAUUAGAAAAAAGACACAAUUAUUUAAGAAAAGUUGCUGAAGUAGCUACUUCUGUUUUUAUAACAAAUGACAAGAUCAACGUGUCAGGAAUAGUCCUUGCCGGAAGUGCAGACUUCAAGAAUGACCUCAUGCAUAGUGAUAUGUUCGACCAAAGGUUAUUUACAAAGGUUAUAAAAAUAGUAGAUAUUUCUUAUGGAGGGGAUAAUGGGUUUAACCAGGCCAUUGAGUUAAGUUCGGAGGCGUUACAAAAUGUGAAGUUUAUUCAAGAGAAAAAAUUGAUUGGAAAAUUUUUUGAAGAAAUUGCACAAGAUACAGGGAAGGUUGUGUAUGGCAUAGAGGAUACAUUAAAAGCAUUGGAGAUUGGCGCUGUGGAAUUACUAAUUCUUUAUGAAGGGUUGGAUAUAAUAAGGUUAACCACAAGGAAUGCCAUUACGAAUACUACCAGGACGAUGCAUAUAUCCCCCCAGGACGAGAAGCAAGAAUCUUUAUACAAAGAGAACAACGUAGAGUUGGAAGUGGUGGAAAAAAUAUCCCUCACCGAUUGGGUCAUAAAUAAUUACAAGAGGUACGGGGCGUCCUUAGACUUUGUCACUAAUAAAUCCCAGGAGGGGGCUCAGUUUCAGAAAGGCUUUGGCGGCUUCGGCGGCAUGCUCAGGUAUAAGUUGGACCUCAAUUUGUAUGACGAGGAUGUGGAGAGCGAUGCGGAGCUGUUCUAA